AUGAGACUCGACAUCUUGGCUGUUGCCGCGGCAAUCCUAUCCCCCGCCGCUGCGUUAGGCAUCAACUGCCGCGGUUCGGGUAACUGCAACUCCGACAAUUUUCAGGGCGCUGCUUCAGAAUUGGCCGCGUUGAUAAGAAGUAUCCCUGACGGUCGUUGGUUCAACAACGGCCAGCAGAUUGCUUGCUUUAGCCGAUGGGGUGUUGGGGGUGGCAUUUGCGCUUUCUAUCAGAAUACGGGCGGCUGGCAGGCCAAGAAGGCCAAAGAUAUUGUCGGCCAUCUUGUCAGCCAUGGUUGCAAAGUGUGCGGCAGUGUGCCCACCGGAUUCCCGGGUUCGAACGAUGUCGCUCAAGGCCAGUUGACAUUCAACUACGUGGCAAAGCCCUGCACCGGUCUAUGGGAAGAGAGGAAGGUCUGUUAG